CAUCGGUAUUAGCUGUCAAAACUUCAAAAAAUAAUCUGUCAUUUUGUUUCUGUUUUCACGGUUCUCCGUUUUAAAAAUAAAUCUGUUUUAAUCCCGUGUGUGUGAAGUGAUAAUUUUGUAAAAAAUGGCCCUGUUCCCUGGAGCGGUGGCCUUCGACGAGUAUGGCCGUCCAUUUAUAAUCCUAAAAGAUCAGGAUAGACAAAAAAGGCUUACCGGCAUAGAUGCUUUGAAGUCACACAUAUCAGCAGCUCGUCAAAUUGCCAGCACCCUGCGUACAUCGCUCGGUCCUCGUGGCCUGGAUAAGUUGAUGGUGUCAUCUGAUGGUGAGGUGACAGUCACUAAUGAUGGUGCCACCAUCCUUGACUUAAUGGAUGUAGAGCAUCAGAUUGGAAAACUACUUGUUCAGUUGGCUAAGAGUCAGGACAAUGAGAUUGGUGAUGGAACUACUGGAGUUGUUGUGCUUGCUGGUGCAUUGCUGGAACAUGCGUCAAACCUAUUGGACAAAGGUAUCCACCCAAUCCGAAUUGCGGACGGGUUCGAAAUGGCCGCGGCCACAGCUCUCGCCCACCUCGACAGCAUUAGUGAGGCAUUCCCUGUAAACAAAAGCAGCCGGGAGAAUCUGAUCAAGGUUGCCAUGACAACACUCGGCAGCAAAGUUGUUGUCAAGUGUCACCGAUUGAUGGCAGAAAUGGCUGUUGAUGCGGUAUUAGCUGUGGCCGAUUUGGAAGCCCGCGAUGUCAACUUUGAACUGAUCAAGGUUGAGGGCAAAGUUGGUGGUCGCAUGGAGGACUCGAAGCUCGUGCGCGGUGUCGUCAUUGAUAAGACCAUGAGCCAUCCCCAGAUGCCUAAAGUGCUGAAGGAUGUAAAACUAGCUAUCCUGGCCUGUCCAUUCGAGCCGCCGAAGCCAAAGACUAAGAACAAGCUACUUGUAGGCUCAGUGGAGGAUUACCAUGAACUCAGAAAGUAUGAACAGGACAAGUUCUUGGAGAUUGUUCGUAUGGUGAAGAACGCAGGAGCAACACUCGCUAUUUGCCAAUGGGGCUUCGAUGACGAGGCGAACCACCUCCUGCUGGCCGAGGGUCUACCGGCCGUUCGGUGGGUGGGCGGCCCCGAGAUGGAGCUCAUAGCUAUUGCCACGGGAGGCAGGAUCGUGCCCAGGUUCGAGGAGCUCACGCCAGACAAGCUUGGCACGUGCGGUCUUGUCAGGGAACUCACAUUCGGCACAUCGAAGGAAGAGAUGUUAGUAAUCGAGGAGUGCUCCAACUCUCGCGCCGUGACCUUGCUCAUGCGUGGAGGCAACCGCAUGAUCGUGGCGGAAGCCAAACGUUCCGUGCACGACGCGCUGUGUAUCGUGCGCAGUCUCGUACAGGACUCGCGCGUGGUGUACGGUGGCGGCGCGGCGGAGGUGUCUUGCUCGCUGGCGGUAGCGCGCGCGGCCGACAAGCUGUCGUCGCUGGACCAAUACGCCUACAGGGCCUUCGCCGACGCGCUCGAAGCCAUACCGCUCGCGCUCGCUGAGAAUAGUGGUCUAUCACCAAUCGACUCAUUAUCAGAGAUUAAGGCGCGGCAAGUGGCCGAGAACAAUCCUAACUUGGGUAUUGACUGCAUGGGCAACGACUCAAAUGACAUGAAAGUGCUGAAUGUGAUCGAGUCGCUGCACUCUAAGAAGCAACAGAUCGCGCUCGCCACGCAGCUCGUUAAGAUGAUCCUCAAGAUCGACGACGUGCGCUCGCCCGCCGACUCCAUCGAAUAACAUUACUUACUUCUCUACUCACAUUACUUAACGUUGAGAUGACAAUGUGCCGCGCUUUCAACAGUAUAGGUAAUUAAUGAAAUGAGUUGUUUGUGUAUAGUAAGAAGCGAUUUAUUGACGGCUACAGUGUCCCAUUUACGUGCUGAAAGUCAUUUUGUCAUAUUGAUAAUGCUACAGAGUGUGUUAUGUAAGGUAUUUACUGUCAUACUAUACACACUGAUAUUCGUUUCGCUAUUGCUAUACUCAUAGCUUUAUUUAUUCUGUUUAGUUACUACCGCCUGCGCCAUGAAAGUGUAGACAUAGAUGAAUAUAUUUGAUACUUAAUACAAAUGUAUAGAGAGGAAUUAUACACAAUUUAAUAAAUUCAUAUAAUAAAAAUAAACGUAGUAAAGCAGGACGCUAGAAGUAAAUAUUAAGUUACACAUACAGUAACUAUAAUAUGAAUUAUAUUAUUGUUAGUAAAAUAACCUUUCAUUAGCUUCAUGGUGCUGGACACACAAAUAUGCUUCACCUAGUCUGGUUUUAUUCUAUAUGUUAUGUAUACUCCACUCUUCAACAUUUUGAGUAUUAUUUUGUAUUGCGAGGUUUCACUCAUUUAUCAUUAUUACGUACACAAACUCCAAAGAUGUACCUAAAAGGGUGAGAUUUUUUCGUAUCACAACACAACAUAGUAAGCUAGAAAUUUUAGUUGAUAUUCGUAAAUUUAGUUUGGUAUCAAUGUGCAUUUAGAAAACAUUUAGUCCUCUGCUGGGUUCAUAAUUUCCUCGGUAUUUCACCAAUGUUGUUUAUUAGUCAAUAUGACAAUUGCAAAUAUAUUAAUUUCUAUUGUUAACAUCUUGUUAUGCUAUUUCAUUAAAAGUAAACUGUCACGUUAUUAGAAUAAAGUUUAUUUUGUUCUGUUUGGUGGCGCAGGCUUUAGUCCAGAAACCCAGUGAUGCGCGGUGAUUAAAGGCGUUUAUAUAAAAUGCAUUUUGGUGAGGCCGAGUCGCGUCACGUGCGUGAACGAGUGUACUAAAUGUGAUGAAUGCCUUAUUGCACUAAUAAAUUAAUAUGCUAAUUUAA